UGUUUGGGGAGGUAUUUUAGGUGCCUAAAAUGAUAAGUUCUUAAAACUUUUAGGUGCUAAAAUGAAUUAGGUGUGUUUGGGAAAUACCUAAAAUAAAAUUUCAGUUCCUAAAAUGACUGAUUUUGACAAGGUAAAAAAUAUAACGUUUGAAAAUCAGGUACCUAAAAUCAGGUACCUAAAAUCUUGGAAUAUAACGUUAAAUUACAGAAUAUUACGGCUCACACCAAAAUUCUCUCUCAUUCUCUCUCGUCUUCUCUACAGCGGAUUAUUGGCUUCAAUCUUGUACUGCGUUGCUUCUCAAUUUCUGCAUCAGGUAUACACGAUGGACAUUGAAAGGAGAAAGAAGAAACGACAAAAAUUAUUUUGGGUGCUCAUGACAUGUAAUACAUGUGCUAUAGCAACAUAUUUUUGUAAGUAUAUCUACAAAGAACCAUGCAUGACUUCCAACCAAACAGGAGAAGACUGGAUGAAUGAUGUUUGAAACGGACAUUACAUACGAUGCAUCAAUGCUUUUAGGAUGGAGUCAAGUGUGUUUAGACAAUUAUGUGAAGAACUACAUCUUACAUAUGGACUGGAACCGAGUAAGAAAAUGACUGUUGUUGAAAAAGUCGGUAUAUUUAUCUACACUCUUGCAUUGGGUAUAUCUAAUAGAGAGGUAGCAGAACGAUUUCAACGUUCUGGUGAGACUAUUAGAGAGCAUUUCAUGAAGUUCUAGAAGCAAUUAGUGGCCGAAGUAGGGCUUAUAUGGGUCUUGCACGUGAUAUAAUAAAACCAAAGGAUAGAAGCUUUUCAGAUAUACCAUCCCAAAUUGAACAUGACUCAAGAUACAUGCCAUAUUUUAAGGAUGCUAUUGGGUGCAUUGAUGGCACUCAUAUUGAUGCAUGCAUUCCUGAAGCAGAGCAACUGCGUUAUAGAGGAAGGAAAGGGAUCCCUACUUUCAAUGUCAUGGCUACAUGUGAUUUUGAUAUGUGUUUCACUUUCAUUUCUGUUGGAUGGGAAGGAUCUGCUCAUGACACUCGUAUUUUUCUUCAUGCACUUCACACACCAGAAUUAAACUUUCCAAAACCACCUGAAGGUAAGUAUUAUUUGGUUGAUAAGGGAUAUCCAGAUAGAAAAGGCUAUUUGGUACCAUAUCCAAAGACAAGGUAUCAUAAGGAUGAAUAUCAACAUGAGCCACCAACUAAUGAAAAAGAAGCUUUCAACCGCUCUCAUUCUUCCCUUCGAAGUUGUAUCGAGAGAUCAUUUGGAGUUUUGAAAAAAAGAUGGAAAAUAUUACGGCAAAUGCCACAGUUCAGUAUCAAUACUCAAAUUGAUGUCAUAAUGGCCACCUUUGCCUUACACAACUACAUACGAAAAAGUUCAACAAAUGACCUUAUGUUUAGUAUGCUCGACAAUAAUCCGGAUUAUAUGCCAAAUGAAGAAAUCCCGGACGUUGCUGAUUACAGAAGUAGCGAAACAUCAAGAGAGACUUCUAAAGAGAUGGAUUUGGUUCGUGACGGUAUUGCUAAUCAAAUAUGGAGUAGAAAAUAAUCUGUUAUUAUAUUUUACAAGUAUCGUAUUUUUUUGUAUUAUGACGAUUUCUACGCAUAAUAUGAUAGUAUAAAUUUAGAGAAAUGUGUUGCAUAAUUGCUUAUAUGGAGAAUUAGCGAAAUAUUUUUUGUUCAAGUGAGUUACGAUUUCAAAUGUUUAUAUUGUUUUUUAUUAUUCAAUUACAUUGAAAUAAAUUAGUGUUGAACGAAAUAUAUAUAUAUAUAUAUA